AUGACACACCACGAGGAUGUCGUUGUACAAGAAGAAGAAGAAGAUCUCGGAACUGCUAUGGAGAAACUUGAAAUCCCUUUCAAGGAACUCGAACUAUUACCCAUCGAUUCGGUUUACGAUUUUGCGGAUGGAGUAAGAGAGAUCAUAGAAGAUUCCAAUUUACGGCUCAAAGAUUCUGAUCCUAGCAAGAACAACAACUCUAUUGAUGAUUCAAAGAAUUCAAAACCGUUCCAAAAGUCUUCAAAUUGGCCAACCGCAAUAAGAAGUGGUUUCCGUGCACCACCAAGACGAUCGAGAAACAAGAGAGGAAGACGAAAAAGACAGUGUUUCAAGAGUGCGGCUUGUCUCUUUGAUUCUAAAAACAAAAGUUGUUCACACUGCGGGACGAGAAGCACACCCUUAUGGAGGGAAGGUCCUAGAGGUAUGGGAACCCUAUGCAACGCAUGCGGGAUGCGGUACAGAUCAGGCCGGCUACUUCCCGAGUAUCGUCCUGCUUCAAGUCCCGGUUUCAAACCUAACGUUCACUCAAAUUUUCAUCGGAAGGUUAUGAAAAUAAGAAGUGAGAAGAACUCACCUCCCGACAUAUAG